AUGCUCUACUAUAUACGUACCAACCUCAACAACGAAGAAAAGGCAUGGAGUGUUGUAGCUACGGACAUUGCCACCAAGACCGAGAAAUUUGAGAGUACCCUGGACGCGGAUAACCGAACACUCUCAGCAGAACAAGAGGAUGGUGCCAGUUCUCAGCUCGCGGAAGACUCCAUAUGCGUCGGUCAAAUCUGCAAGUUACAAGAUGGCGCGAUUUCCGAGAAAGAGGAAAUAACUGUGAGAGUCGUCAUUCGGUGGCCCACAAUUAGUCAACAGCCGCAAUGUACGCCCCUCAAUAUUCAGCCCUCACACGUUUUUCGGUCAAAGUAA